UUGUGUAAAAUGAAAUAUAUGGUUGAUUUAUUGUGUACUAUGUAUUAUUGUAAGCGUAUGUGAAUGCGAACUGAAUGACUGUAUGCAAUAAGAAAGUUCUAUUAUUCGGAGAAGCUAGUGAAUUAGUUGGCUGCAAAGAAAUUACAAUACAAUUUCCUGUAUCGUGUACUAACAAAACAUUGAAAGAUAUCAUUAUUGAACAAUUAGUCAAAUUGGAACCCCUUAAAGAUUCGUUAACCGUUGCAAUAGAUUGGGAGUAUACAGAUAUUAAUACAAGCGUAAAUCAACUAUCCAUUGAAGAGAUUGAAGAACUUGCUAUUUUACCACCGAUUAGUGGAGGUUAGAAAAAAAACCAUAUCAUGAAUUCUCAAUACUUUAUCAAAAUAUCUAUUGAACCAAUUGAAUAUUCCAAUGUAUUUGAUUUAAUCAAUGAUUCUUCGAUUGGAGCUGUUUCUACAUUUUUCGGUAAGUGAUAAACAUUAUCAUUUGACAAAAUUCAAAGGGAUUACUAGAAAAUAUGAUCAAGAAAGAAUUGUACAAGCAUUGAAAUAUGAAUGUUAUUUGAAAAUGACUUAUUUAGAAAUGGAAAAAAUUAUUAAAAAUUCUUAUCAAUUAUGGCCAUCAUUAGUACAUAUAAUUGUACUUCAUAGAUAUGGAAUUGUUCCUGUAGGAGAAAUCAGUGUAGCAAUAGCUGUCAGUUCACCACAUCGUAAAGAUAGUCUUGAUGCUGUGAAAUAUUUAAUUGAAUCAAUUAAAUCACAAUUACCAAUUUGGAAAAAGGAGAUUUAUGAAGAUGGUACAUUCAAAUGGAAAAGAAAUAAUGAAUGUUUUUGGUUACAAAAAGAGAAAUAAGU